UACAUUGGGAGCCUGGAUGUGCCACGGCCAAACAGCCGGGUGGAGAUCGUGACGGCCAUGCGGCGGAUCAGGUAUGAGUUUAAAGCCAAGAACAUCAAGAAGAAGAAAGUGAGCCUCAUCGUGUCAGUGGAUGGCGUGAAGGUCAUUCUGAAGAAGAAGAAGAAGCUUCUUUUGUUGCAGAAAAAAGAGUGGGCCUGGGACGAGAACAAAAUGCUCGUCAUGCACGAUCCCAUCUACAGGAUAUUCUAUGUGUCUCAUGACUCCCAGGACCUAAAGAUCUUCAGCUACAUUGCCAGGGAUGGGUCUAGCAAUGUCUUCAGGUGCAACGUCUUCAAAUCCAAGAAGAAGAGCCAAGCCAUGCGCAUCGUCCGGACCGUGGGACAGGCGUUUGAGGUCUGCCACAAGCUGAGCCUGCAGCACACCCAGCAGAACGCCGACGGGCAGGAGGAUGGAGCGGACAUCGAUGCCGUGGAGCUGCCACUGCCCGGGGCCGACAUCCUCGACUUCAGCCGCGGCGUGACCGACCUCGACGCCGUGGGCAAGGAGGCGAGUGCCUAUGCCGACGCCAAGAGCCGCCUCCACCCUGAAGAUAUCCUGACAGCGUCACCCAAGAUGCUGCUGCCCUCAUCUGCCCAGCUGCCUGACCUGGGAAUGCCCCUCUCUGCCCACCACCAGAUGCAGCUCCUUCAGCAGCUCCUGCAGCAGCAGCAGCAGCAGACGCAAGUGGCUGUGGCACAG